AUUCCUCUCGUUUGCUGGCAGAUCCAAAACGGCAUUUCUGAAUGCGUCAACUGCUUCUUCUGGUGACUGGAACCUUUGACCACGCAGUCUGUUUUUAAUUUUCGGGAAAGUAAAGAAAUCGUUAGGACUUAGAUCGGGACUAUAUGGAGGAUGGUCCAAUAAUUCCACGUUUUCUUCCGUUAAAUACUGCCUUGUUUUUGGGCUGUGUGCGAGCUUGCAUUGUCUUGGUGGAGGAUGAUUCUUCUUUCGUGGUUGAUUUUUUGAAGCUCGACAGUCGUUUAUUUUCUGGUUCAUAAUAGUAAAUCCAC